UUUGGUGUCGCGUGCGUGUUCUCGUGUUUUUCCGUGAAAAACGGAUUCAAGUGUGGUGUAAAGGUGGGUAGCGGUGGGAAAUGGGUACAGGUGGCCGAGGUAAAGCAGUAAAAGCUUCUACCGUGAUUGUUUGAAGAAGAUCUUCUUACGAAAACCGCCGUUUUGUGAAGUGAGUCCCGGGUUUCUGUCUCUUUCUCCAGUUGACCUUUACUUCGUUCGUCGGUGGCUUGAGUGUACCGUUGCCGUGUGUGAUGUUGGUGGUUCAAAAGUGUCCAAACCGCAUAAUUUAAUUCGUGUUUUGAGCCACAAAAUCCACCAUCGCGGUGAUUUGUUCGUGUGUAUGUGUGCGUGUGCCAUGCAAAAUUAAUUCCUCUAACCGCCACCCGCUGUAAAGCAACUUACGAGUGAUUGUGUGCAUGCGGAAUAUCGGAGAAUCAUAAAGUGCCUGUAUGUUGUUGUUAGAACAGAAUGCAGCGACAAAAAGUGUGAUUGAAAACCAAAGUGUGCCUUGCAGAAGAGCAUCGUGUGAAAUGCAGUAGGCUGAAUGAAUGAUGAUGACGUUCCUGGUGCCAGUCUGAGCCUCUGAGAGAGGUGCAUCCGCGAUCGUCUAUGUGCGCGCGUCCUACACAUACCCGUUCGUCGCUUGCACAAAACCAGUUUCCGAGGUGUACGCAAUCCGCGUCGCCAACCGUAGUGCAAUCCUGGCCAACGCCGUUUGCUCUCCCCCCUGUGCUUAACGGGUUACGUACGGGAAACGCCGUGUUUGCCGGUGCUAGAGGCGUGUGUCUGUGUGUGUGUGAAGUGUGUUGGGGGCACCGUUAAACCAUCCAUCGUCAACAUUCCGUCCAACACCAUCCAACUCAAGAUCAUCCGUCGUCGUCGGUACAGCAUCGAAGGUGCGCGAAUCCAUAUCCGGGCGAGCGGAAGUGGGAUCUUAAUGCAUUCGUUGCCCCUCAGACCCCAGAUCUCGCUCUAGUGCGCUGUGCGCAGACCAAAGUGGAUUAAAACUGAAAGUUCCGGUCGUCGCUUAGGUGCAAGAACCGCCACCACGCCGCUUUCCAGCAAACGACCAACACAUUAGUGCAUCCGGCGCACUCUUUAAGAUCCGCUCGGAUAUAACAGUGAUCGCUUGCAAGGCAAAGCAGUUCCUUGCUGUAAUAAGUUGCGCGCAACCACACUCAGCAGCAACAGUUGAGUAAAUCAUCACCUCCCUUCUGCGAAUGAAGGUAGGAUCCCCUCCGCAACGUUAUCAGCUCUUGUCCAGUCUGGCACAAACCCCGUCCAGAUAACACACGCUGCUAGGGUUGAUGGGUGAAUAACGGAGGAACGAACACAGCGUAACCGUAGACUGGGUGAAACGCGAGAAAAGAUAGAAGAUAUGCGGUCAUCGCUACAUCUAUUCCCAGGAAAAGUGUAACGUUAUCGGAAUACCACAUAUCGGGAGUUUCAACCGCGUCGCGUCGUAUGUUGUGAAGAUUGCAUUUUGCUCACUGAUACGCCUCGCUGAGGCCCGGCUAUUAUCGUGUAUCGAAUCGUUCGAACGAAACAGUAUCAGUAUCACCUUUGAACUGCACGGUGAUUUUAACGACGUAGCUGGCGACGACGGGCUCUAAAACGGAGAGCCGUCGUCGAGGAGGAAGAAGUAGAAAGACACAAUCCGACAAUGCAUCAUCAACAACCUGCCCACAGAAUGCUUGGGUCAGCAGGAAGAAGAACGCCGUCGUUGUGGCGUCGGCGACGAUCAACGACGCUACUAGUUCUGCUCCUAUCAAUCGUCGGCCAUAUCAUCAUGUCUGCCACAGCGUCCGUGACGGAUGGUGACCUGCUAGCAACGGCCACUGGUCCGUUUCACAGAGACGUUAGCAAACUGCGCGACUAUCAGCAAGAGCUGUUCACCGGCCGAACGGUGCCGGAACUAUACCGCGUUAAGAGAAACUCCUACAGCACGCUGUACGAAUCGGAGCCGAUGAAUCUCGGCAGCUCGGAUGUGGGUACUGGUCUGAAUGGUGGUUCAAGUGGUUCCAGGGAAUCAUCGUACAGCAGCAGCAGCUCGGACUAUCUGCGCGACAACCGUAAACCGUCUUUCGUCGAGUGCGAAAGCUACAAACCGAUGCUGAAGGAGGAGCAACCGGUCGGUACACCGGUAAUUCGCGUCACCGCGACCGAUCCCGAUCGACGCCAGACGAUCGAGUAUAGCUUUGUGACGACGGCCGGUGAACGGGCGCGCUUCCGCAUUGACAAGAGUACGGGUGAGAUCACGACCGCACACAUCUUCGAUCGUGAUGAGCCGAUCCGUGAGAAAGAGAUCUACAUAACGGUACGGGCGACCGACAAUGGACGUCCCCGGCUUGAUGACGUAUGCACCUUUAAGGUGACCAUUCUCGAUAUUAACGACAAUCCACCGGUCUUCGAUAAGGUUCGGUACGAGGAAUCGGUGACGAAAGACAUGAAGGCUAACCUGCGCGUGGCUACCAUCUCGGCGACCGAUAUGGACGACGGU